UGCAAAGAUUAUUUUACAACUUGUUAAGAUACUAGUAUUUUCAUGUUUUUACUAUUGUUCCUGGAUAGACUUGGAAGAUGUCGUCUUAUGUAAUGUUCCUUCUUUUGGUUUCUGUGGUUAUUGGCAGACCAUCUGUAGAAAAAAGACAGACUUCCAACACUAAUCCACAACUUUCACCAAACCAGUUUAUAAAUCCAAACUUUACAUCCAGUGGAACCAAUUUUCAACCACAGCAAUUCAUGAAUCCUUCAUUUCAACAGAAUGGCAACAACACCAACCCAAACUUCAUGCCAAGUUUCAUCGAUCCUUCACAGUUCUUUAAAGGGACCGGGGGUACCGGUGGUGCUGGUUCAUCUAGGAACAGUUCAUCUACUUCCGGUGGAAAUUUUACUCCUCAACAGUUUACCAAUCCAUUCAGUUCUGGUGGAAAUAGUUCCAGUUUUAGCUUCAUUGAUCCCGGAAAGUUUAUCGGGAAAAGGACAUUUAAGUGA